AAAGAGGUGGAUUUUGCGGGGAGACGUGUGCCGGCAUCCCCAAAGUGCCGGUCUUGGAGUUCGGGAGAAGGACGAACGAGCGAAGGAUUGCAACCUGUUUGUUAUUUCUGGCAGCCCGGUUUCGAUGUGGUCGGGCUGGUGCUAUUGCCCAGGAUUGAUGUUUGCUACGUAGAUGUUGGUUGUCGGACGUCCCCGUUCCUUCUCAAUGCUCAAGAAAUUGGUUGGGAAAAGGGCAUCCAACACCACUUGAACCACAUUUGCCCCUUCCUCAUCAGGAGCAAUCUCGUCACCGAUUCAUCAUAUUCUCCAAGAUUUGCCCAACGAGAAAGGAGAUUUGGAUCAUGCCCCCUUCGACCCCUGUUCUCCAACCCAACGUCCUCCAACCACCUCCAUCACAUACCCAAUCCGUCACAUGACCCAAUGGCAGACCACCCCCAAGAAUGCAAAGAAUGCGUCUAUCGAGCCCUAAGAAGUUGGAGAAAAGGGAAAAGCUAGCGACCGAGGUCGAGACCACGGCCGGCACUCCAAUCACCAAAGAUGGCUUCCGUCAAAGGUCAACCAUGCGUCUUCGGGAGCCGUCCGAGUCCCUGGAUUAUUGCACAACGUAACGCACGUGUGGUCCAUCCUGUCUCUCGGUAGCGCUACCCCGGAUUUGCCCAGAUCUGGGCAGAUCCCCCUUCCGAUACUUCACGAGUCAUAAUGCUGGGAACACGACGAACUCUGGAGUCUGGAGACUUCGAUGAGUCCACUAACAACCUCAUGAUAUCCACAGUGGACCUCGAGCUUUCAGCUUCUCUAAUUCCUGCCUGUUUCCGCCCGUUUCUUUUGAGAUUCCAAACCACCCAAAAAAAACAAAACAAAAAAAGACACUCUUCACGGGAAGUCGUCAACCCACGAAAACAAGCAGUCAGCCUCAAUACUUGGCUCUGCCCUAUUACCUCGGCUUCAGUACCAUCGUGCCGAGUUCUAGCGACGGUUUCAACCAAGUCGGUGCUGCCAAGGGGAAUCAAGAGCCAUGGUCGACGCCACAGAGCGUCAUGAACAAGCUGUUUGGCGUCGACACCCAUCGUAUGAGCCCGUCAACGACCUCACCAUUCCCCCAGGCCUGCCCCCAAAGACCUGGCCAAGACAAGUCCAAGACUUUCCCCCGCACUCGUUCGAACCAAUCGCAAGCAACGCCUGAACUCGGUCACGUCUCGGUUUGGAAUCGUCGACAUUUUAGCUUCCGCGCCUAACGCAGCCUCAAGACGUGCUAAAAUGCGGAGAAAAUUGGAGCCAACCUGCCACUGUGCCACUGUGGAUUCUCGAGUCUGGGGAAGGGGAGACAAGCAGUGGACCUGUUUUCUCCGCAGUUCUCAACGAACACUGGGAAAGGGGGGGCGGCACUGGCGUGCGGCAAGGUGGCCGCGAGAUGAUUUCCGGUACAAACUUCACUUCAGUAGCCUGCUGCCGUCAGUCCAGCCUGCAGCACUACCGUACAACAAAGGACCAAUAACGUUAGUCUGGUCUCGCCUCCACGUGCUUGGAUGCGCACGCUCAACGGUGAUGCCAUCCUAAUCCGGAAGUGAAUUCCAUCUGCUGAGAUUCACCGAAGAUCUGAGAGGCCACCAAAUUCCCCCGCCAACUAUUGCUCACCCCUUCCCAGAGUCUUGGUAAGAGGGUCCGUUCGUGGGAAACGGGGCCGGAAAACCUGGGGUUGGCUCCAUCUGUCAAGGCGGGGAGGCGGGCUCGCCCCUCUGAAUGUUGGGAAAUGGAGCCCUUUGCUUACACGAAAGAGGCGGUCAUCGCCGGUUCGAUCUGGCCUGUACGAGAAAACAAAAUACUGCGAUAAGGAGGACCGGUGUGGGCUUUCCGACUGUUUGAGCGUUUGGAACUAUCGGCUUGAGUUGGCAGGAUGCGUGGAGCUUACUGGCAUCAUGGAUCUAGAGUGGUGGUGUAUAAGGCAGGCUUACUGUCCGACGUUGCGGCGCUGCGAUAGGUCCGGCUCCUCUUGGCAACCACCAGCCUCGGUUUCUUUCGAGCAGAGAGCAAGGAUGCGGUGUGAGUGACAUGCAGCCGACGGUUGGAUUGGACAGGGGACCUGGAACUUGGCCUCGACUUCAAGACCCUACCUACCUAGUGUGCUAGUGUAGCGUGCAGUCCAGCUCGAUGGAGACGGUAGCUAGCUGACAGGAUGCGGGGGAAAUGGAGUAGCUAUGGGGAGCUCUGACGGGGAUGAGCAGAGUGCGAGUCGCUAAAGUCGAUCAAGAAUGCGACGGGGGCGAGGAAUGGGUUGGGGUACAUUAGACACGACUUUCCCAUGCUGUCGUCCUUCCUUCUUCGUCCUCACCUCCUCACCCUUCACCAAACCUCGACCGCCCAUCUCCCCCCCGUUUCAGCCAAACAGCUCUUCCAGUCGGAGACCAGAAGGGCACCGCAACCCCCCCCAACGACCAGGGAAGCAUGAACUCCUCUUCGGAGAAGGUCGCCGCCGGCGAAGUCAACAACAUUGAGAAUGCUGACUCCAAGGCUGGCUCCAAGGCUGGCUCGGAUGUCCACCGCUCGCCUGCUGACUUUGGCUUCACGCCAGAGCAGGAGAAGGCCAUUCUCAGACGGGUCGAUCGCCGUCUCGUCUUGACUGUCGGUGCCAUGUACUGCAUCUCGCUCAUGGACCGUACCAACUUGGGUGCCGCCAACAUCGCCGGCAUGGGUGUUGAUCUCGUCUUGAUUGGAAACCGCUACUCUCUCAUCUCCCUCUUGUUCUUCGUCACCUACAUCAUCUUCCAGCCCCCAUCCACCAUUCUUGUCCGCAAGAUUGGUCCCAGAUUGCAUUUGGCUGCCAUCACUGUCUUGUGGGGUGCCGUCAUGAUUGGUAUGGGUUUCGUCGUAAACUGGGAGCAGAUGGCCGGCAUGAGACUUCUUCUCGGUGUGUUGGAGGCUGGCUUCUUCCCCAGCGCUGUCUACCUUUUGAGCACCUGGUACACUAGAUAUGAGGUCGGAAAGAGAAACGCCGUCUUCUAUCUCAUUGGUUCUUGCGCCAGUGCCUUUGCUGGUAUCCUGGCUUACGGAAUCAUGCAAAUGAAGGGCCUUGCUGACAUGAACGGUUGGAGAUGGAUCUUCGUCAUUGAAGGUAUCCUAACCUGCGUGCUCGGUCUUGUCGGCUACUGGCUCCUCGUCGACUUCCCCGACUCCAAGAGAGAGUCCUGGUCUUUCCUUGGCCCCACCGAGAAGGAGUGGAUUUGCGCUCGUGUCAACGCCGACCGUGGUGAUGUCAAGAUCCAGGAAUUCUCCAUCAAGAAGUACCUCGGUGCCGGUCUCGACUGGAAGAUUUGGGCCUACGCCAUGAUCUUCUUCAACACCACCACCGUCACCUACGCCCUCGCCUACUUCUUGCCCAUCAUUCUCAACCUCGAGCUCGGAUUCUCGGUCGGCGAGGCUCAGUGCCUGGUUGCUCCUCCCUAUGCCUUUGCCGCCAUCAUCAUCUACCUCUCUGGCUGGAUCGGCGACAAGUACCACGUCCGCGGCCCCGUCAUUGUCGGAAACAUCAUCCUCUGCAUGAUUGGUCUCCCUAUCAUGGGCUUCGCCAAGAGCUCGGCCGUCCGCUACUUUGGCGUCUUCUUCGUCACCGCCGGCGCCAACGCCAACGUCUCGACCGCCCUGUCCUACCAGGCCAACAACAUCCGCGGCCAGUGGAAGCGCGCCUUUUGCUCGGCCACCUUUGUCAUGUUUGGCGGCAUCGGCGGCAUCGCCGGCUCGCUCGUCUUCAGAGGCGAGGACGCGCCCCACUACCGCCCCGGUCUCUAUGCCUGCAUUGCCACCAGCGGUCUUACUCUGAUCCUGGUUGGCAUUCUCAGCUUGAGCUUCUACCGGUCUAACAGCGCGGCCGACAGGGGCGAGAAGGAGCUUGAGGCUGAUGGCGAUGAGGAUUAUGAGCCUGGGUUCCGUUACACUUACUAAGUGUGUGUGUGUGUGGAAUUUUGUGAUUAAUGAUACCUGAUUGAUUGGAAUAGGGAUGAUAACUAUUGGGAUAGCAAUUGUUUGGAAUUUUUUUAGCACUACCUAUGUGAGGAGGAUAUACCUGAUCGAGAUGAUGAUAUGGAAAUAUGGAAACAUUUCAUGUACCUAGCUCACGAUGAUACCGGGGCGGCGGCGCUGUUGAUGCGAAUGAGAAAGAGGUAUCUGAUGAAUUUGCUGCUAUUGAAUAUCUUUGUGCCUUGU